AUGACUACUACCAAGGGAUCUAAGAAUUAUGUUUGGGAUACACAAGAUUCUCUUGGUCAUGGAGCUACUAGUAUGGUAUAUCAAGGUCGAUGUAAGAAAACAUUUGACCUGGUAGCAGUAAAAGUAUUUAAUCCAGCUAGUUAUAACAGACCUAUAUCUAUACAGAUGAGAGAAUUUGAUGUUAUGAAAAAAUUAAAUCAUAAAAACAUUGUUAAAUUGUUAUCUAUUGAAGAGGAAAACCACACAUAUAAUAAAGUUAUUGUUAUGGAAUAUUGUCCCUAUGGAAGUCUUUUUAGUAUGUUAGAGGAACCACAGAAUGCUUUUGGUAUAGCUGAAGAAGAAGUUUUAUUAGUUCUUCAACAUGUUGCUAGAGGGAUGAAACAUCUACGUGAUAAUGCUGUUGUUCAUCGUGAUGUUAAACCUGGUAAUAUUUUACGUUGUAAAGAUCCUGAUGGCAGAUCGGUGUAUAAGUUAACAGAUUUUGGGGCAGCCAGAGAACUUGAAGAUGAAGAACAUUUUGUAUCAUUAUAUGGAACAGAGGAAUACUUACAUCCACAUAUAUAUGAAAGGGCUGUAUUACGGAGGUCUAAUAGUAAAUUAUUUGAUGCCUCAGUUGAUUUGUGGAGUAUUGGUGUAACUUAUUACCAUAUGGCUACUGGUAGUCUUCCUUUUAGACCUUUUGGAGGGAGACGUAAUAAGGAAUUAAUGCAUGAAAUUGUGAGUAAAAAGGAAAGAGGAGUGAUAUCAGGUGUGCAGAGUGUUGAAAAUGGUGCUAUACAAUGGAGUCAAACAUUACCAAAUACUUGUCAAAUAUCCAGUGGCUUGAAGAUGUUUUUGGUUCCUCUGUUAGCAGCAUUGUUGGAAAUCAAAGCUGAAGAAAUCUGGCCAUUUGAGAAAUAUUUUGAAACAGUUGAUACCAUUUGUAAUAAAUGUAUUGUAGAUUUAUUCUGUCCUAUGCAAAGUCGAUAUAUAAAAAUCUAUUUAGACCCUGAGGAAAAACUUUGUUCGUUACAAGAAUGUGUUGCUAUGGAAACCAAGAUUAAGCAGGAGAACCAAGUGUUAUUAAUAGACAGUCAACCAUUAGAACUAAUGAUAGAUGAAUCCUUACCGAUCAAAAACUAUCCAGAUUACAUAACUUAUUUCAAUCCUAUCUUAGUUUUCAAUAAAGAAAAUAAAUUUAGUCCUUACCCAGAUCCUGUAUAUAUUGGUGAGUCAUUACCGCAUCCAUCCAUCCAUCCAUAUUUAACUUGUGUUCACUCAACUGGCUACAAUUUCCAGCAAAUUGUUUUCAAUUUAGAUUUGUGGAGGUGUAUUCAAUAUGGCUUUCUUGUAAUUUGA